AUCAUUUACAGUAGUGUGUAAAAUAAAUGGAGAAGUGAUAUAGUGAUUGGAGUAUUUACUACUUUUUACUGCUAUAUUUGAUUUACUCCACAUUAACAGUCUCAUCAUAACAUGUGUUCCUAUCAGUAGCAGCUCAAAACCAGAUAAUUUACUAUAUUUUAUAAAGCGAUUACAUUAAUAUUGAGCAGAAUUUAGUUCUGAGUUUUGGUCCGGCCUCUGCAACCUUCGUGGUUUUGGUCACGUGGCCCCUUGGGAACAUUAAUUGCCCACCCCUGCCUUAGAGUGUGCAGUGGAUCUGCUGUGAUCUUGUGAGCUAAAUUCACGAUGCACUGGUCUGCCUUGUAAGUAAUAGCGCACAUUGGUCCCACAGUUAUCUCGCCACGAAGUGGAAACAGGCAGGAUCGAUAGAGAGAUAAAGACUUCUUUGUCCUAAGUCCAGUGUUGGAGAGGAAUGGAAGAUAUGAGCUGCCUGAGACGAGGAGGAUUGUUGCUGUAACUCAGCCAAGGACACGUUGCCGUUCAGUUAACAUACAAUAGAAAUCUCUGGGUGUGGCGUAGUAAAUGUCACACAUAUAUCCACAGAGCAGAUUCCUGAUGUAGUUACAUAUCCUGAACAGGCUUCAGCUGUGCUGCAGUACUGGGUCACUGUCUGCCCCGAGGGGGAAACAAACAAGAGGGGCGGCAAAUCGAUCACUUUUCUCUCUACAUUUUAUUGACGGUGACUGCCUGUUUGCUCAGACUGCAGCUCCAGCAAACAGCAUCUCCCGUCCUUCACCAGAGUUCGUCCGGCGGGUGCAGGUUGGCGGGCGGGUGACGGGGCGCUGCAGAGGCCAUGCAUCAGGGGUGAGGGGGAUCCACACACAGCGUCGGGUGAGGAGGGGGUCGGGGCAGGUGGGCGUGGAGAUGAAGCUCAAACAGCGCAUGGUGGUGCUGUGUGCCGUGCUCCUCCUGCUGGGCCUGGCCAAGAUCUUCCUGCUGGAUGGAGGCGAGGGCUCCGCCGCCAGCCGACGGGACCUCAGAGCGUUUCGUAAGAUGGAAGCUGGUCUCUCUCUGUCCCGGGGAGCUCGCCUCACACACACCCUCCAGUCUCCGUGGGAGAUAGCCAGCCAGUGGGUGGGCCCGAGAGAAGUGUACCCCGAGGAGACCCCUGAGCUGGCUGCGGUGCUCACCUCCCUCAGCACGGCCAGGAUAGAGAGGGCCGAUGUGGGCUACAAGGGCACCCAGCUCAAAGCCCUGCUGGUGCUGGAUGGGGGGCAGAAAGUGGUCUUCAAACCCAAGAGAUAUAACAGAGACUAUGUGGUUGAAGGCGAGCCGUACGCAGGCUAUGACAGACACAACGCAGAGGUGGCUGCUUUUCACCUGGACAGGAUCCUGGGCUUCAGGAGAGCUCCUCUAGUGAUCGGCAGAUAUGUCAACGUGCGAACAGAGAUUAAGCCCGUGGCCACAGACCAGCUGCUGAGCACCUUCCUCAUGCAGGGUAAUAAUACGUGUUUCUACGGAAAGUGUUAUUACUGUCGGGAGAGUGAGCCAGCGUGUGCUGAGGGGGAGAUCAUGGAGGGAUCUUUAACUCUUUGGCUGCCCGACGUCUGGCCGCUGCAGAAGCACAGACACCCCUGGGGACGCACAUACAGAGAGGGCAAACUGGCCAGGUGGGAGUACGAUGAGAGUUACUGCGAGGCGGUGAAGAAGAUGCCUCCGUACGACGCAGGGCCGAGGCUGCUGGAUGUCAUCGACACGGCCAUAUUUGAUUAUCUCAUUGGGAACGCUGAUCGGCAUCAUUAUGAGAGUUUCCAGGACGACGGCGGCGCCAGCAUGCUCAUCCUGCUCGACAACGCAAAAAGCUUUGGGAAUGCAGCUCUGGAUGAGCGAAGUAUCCUGGCACCACUCUAUCAGUGCUGCAUGGUCCGUGUGUCCACGUGGAACAGGUUAAACCUGCUGAGAAGUGGAGCUCUGAGCUCAGCGAUGCGCCAGGCCCUGACCUUUGACCCCAUCCAGCCGGUCCUGGCUGAGCCACACCUGGCCGCCCUGGACAGGCGCCUGUCUGGAAUCAUUGCAACUGUGAAGCAGUGUAUGGAGGCACAGAGUCCCGACAGCACGCUAAUAGAGGACCGAAUGAACCUCCCGCACCCCUAGAAGAGGAGGGAGAGCAGAAAACAGCAGAAGAGGAAGAGCCAGGACUUCUUUACCUCAUGAGCCUGGAGGAGAGAGGAGAAGACGGUCUGGUGUUACAGAGUGAGUAAAUGGAUCAACAGGGUGGAACAAAGACGAUUUCUUCCCCCCAUUUCCUCGUUUGUCACUCUUAUAAGACCGGAGUGGUUUUCUAAAAGGAAUCAAAGCGGCGUCACCUUCAUCUUUAUAAACUUUUUCUCAGGACUGAUGUACACUAUAGGUGGCUAUCUGCUGUAAGAGCCCCUUCCUCCUUCUGCUGCUCCUCGCUCGUGCCAAAAGCUCCCUCCAACUUGUCAUUAGGAGUCGACGAGGGAGGAGGACUAAACUGUAGACACUCUGAGGAGCAGGAGGGAAGAGGAAAACGAGCCACGACGUCUCCAUGAAAGACUUCCUGUUGAAUGAACAGGAACUUAAAUCCAUUUUAGAACUGAAAAUGUUUUUGUUUGUUUCCCAAAAUUGAAAUUGAUUGGAAGAAAAAAGGGGAAUGAUCUCAGCUCUUCCCCCCAUCAUUGUGUACAUAUUUAACUAAGUAGUGACAUAGAAUUAUGAGACGAAAGAAUAUACAUUUGUGGACUAUAAUAUUAAAUAAACUCAAGGGUGAGUGUGAGUGUGAAUGUGUGUGUGUGUGCGAGGGUAUGUUUGUAUGGAAGAGCACCAUAUUGUGCCGUAAAUAAGAAAUGCUACUGACAGGACAGACUUGAAACGAGGGGACACAGAUGGGUGUGUGGGUUCAUCUUCAGCAUUAAACUAUGAUCUAUUUAA